AUGAGUCACGGUGUGCCCCGCGUUGCGGUCAGCGAGAAGACGGACGCCUCGCGCAAGAAGGAGCUCAAGCAGAUUGAAGCAUACAAAGCCCUGGUCGACAAUGUCCAGACAAAGAUUGAAGCGCAAGAAUACACGGCCGAAACGCUCGGCUUGACGUCUGCCCUGCUCACCCAGAACCCCGAAUACUACUCCAUCUGGAACCACCGCCGCCUCGUCCUUCAACAUGUCUUUGCCAAAGAGAUAAACUCUUCGCCACCUGAAGAUGCCGAGUCGAAACCUCCGCCAGGCCUGACUCCGGCCCAACAUGAGAUUACCCUUCUGAUCCGCGAGGACCUCGCUUUCCUGCUGCCUCUGCUCAAACAAUUCCCCAAAUGCUACUGGGUCUGGAACCAUCGCGCAUGGCUGUUGCAGCAAGCCUCAAAAUACCUACCUGUCACAUCUGCCAAGCGUCUAUGGCAAGAAGAGAUGGUCCUUGACAGCAAAAUGCUCUCCUACGACUCGCGCAACUUCCACGGCUGGAGCUACCGCAGAGAAGUCGUCAGCUCCAUCGAACACCUCACACACCUCGAGCAACAAGAAAAGUCCCAAAGCGACCAAGAGAAGAAGCCAGAGGAGUCUAUGACAGAGUCCGAGUUCGCUUACACAACAAAGAUGAUCAAGACAAAUCUCUCAAACUUCUCUGCCUGGCACAAUAGACUGCAGCUUAUACCAAAACUCCUGAAAGAAAGGAAUGCCGAUGAUGCUGCUCGCAAAAAGCUCCUCGACGACGAGUUCGAACUCAUCAUCACUGCUCUUUACACAGAUCCCUACGAUCAAAGUCUAUGGUUCUAUCACAACUAUCUCAUGACAAAUCUCUCGCCGAAAACCUCCUCAGAGCUCAGAAUAGUCCCCGAUUUGACAAAUCAAGAUCGUAUCGGGUACUUUGAUACACAGUUUGAUUUGCUCAAGGACAUGCUUGAAGACACCAAGGACUGCAAAUGGAUUUACCUAGCUUUGGUGACGUAUACUCCAGAAUACCUUGAAAUCGACGCUGGCAAUAAGAAAAUCACCACGCUCGAGUUGACGGUAUGGCUAGAUCAACUCGAACAGCUGGAUCCCUUACGCAAGGGUAGAUGGGUCGAUUUGAGAAAGUCUUUGAAUCUAUAA